GUUGUACAGUCAGCAUUCUCCAUAUUAAGGACGACUCUCUCCCUUUACCCAUAUACACAACACACUGUAAAGUCUGAACUUCAAUUAUAUCUCCUGCGUCUUUACCAAGUUCAGUUUUUAUUCAUUAAAGAAAUAACCGGUUUCUUUCGUUUCUUUGCUUAAAAACAUUGUAGAAUUAGUUCUCGUUGAAAAAGCUGCUUUUCCAACGCGCACAGCAAACAAUCGAAGAAAAAAGUUACCACUAAAAAAUUAAAGGUGUUUUUCGUGUCAAGAUUUUAAGCUAAAUCAAUCCUAAGUCCGGAAACGUGUUAAACUUACUACUACUGACUAUAAGAUCAGAUUGAUUUGUCCCGACAAUUUAUAAGCUCGCAGGGUCGCUGUCGCUGUAAAGGAAUGGCUGUUGAUACAGAAUACUAUGACAUUUUGGGAGUUUCUCCAGAUGUUUCAAGCCUAGAUAUCAAGAAGGCUUACAGGAAACUGGCCGUCAAAUAUCAUCCUGACAAGAACCCAGAGGACCCUCAGGGUGCUAGUGAGAGAUUUCAGAAAAUCAGUGAGGCAUAUCAAGUAUUGGGGGAUGAACAGCUUCGAUCUCGAUAUGACCUGCACGGAAAAGAAAAGGCGGUUCCAGAACAAGGGUUCACUGAUGCCUAUGACUUCUUUGCCAAUCUUUUUGGAGGUGCUCCUUUUCGUGAAUGGGUGGGAGAGCUUUCUUUUGUCAGAGAAAUGUUUCGAGAGGAAGAAGCCAUGCAAGAUGAGAUGACUCAAAUGAACAAACAGCAACUUCUUCUCGAAUCAGGAGAAGCGACCCCUACCAUAAAGCAACAAUUUAAUGAGAGAAGAAAGAAUGCUCAAAUUCGCGAACGAGAGGCUUCUAUACAGCGGGAGCAACAGAUGAUUGAGGAUCGGAAAAAACGGAUAUCUGAAGUCACUAAAAAUCUUCAAAAUCGUGUAGAUGGUUGGAUUGAAAAGAGUUCUACUGAAGAAGGAUUGCAAGGGGUUCGUGAGCAAUAUAGAAAAGAGGUAGAAACACUACGAAUUGAGUCAUUUGGUGUUGAAAUCCUACAAGCCAUGGGCGAUGUUUAUACCCAAAAAGCACGAAAUACGAUCAAGUCGAGUAAAUUUGGAAUUGGCGGUUUUUGGAGCAGAAUGAAAGAAAAAGGAAAGAUCGCUAGAGAUACAUGGGAUACACUAUCUGCAGCAAUGGAUGCCAAGUUUAGUAUUGAUCAAAUGCAAAAACUUGAAAGUAAAGCGGAUGAAGCUACUACUCCCGAAGAACGUGCAAAAUUAGAAAUGGAUAUAACAGGGAAAGUUUUACGCGCUAGUUGGUGUGGGGCUCGAUACGACAUUCAAGGUGUGUUACGGGAUGCUUGUAACAGUCUUUUGCGAAAGACUGUACCUGUUGAGCUUAGAAUGAAGCGUGCAUAUGCUCUUCUCGAAAUUGGCACCAUUUUUAGUCAGGUAGAAGCUGACCCCGACGAUCCUCAUAGAGUAUUUGAGAACCUUAUCUUAGAAGAUAAGAAGAAGAAAAAGAAAAAGAAUAAGGAGAACGCUGCCAAAGAAACUCCCAAAACCUAGAAACCGGCCACUGUCCUUUAUUUCCUUAUAGCCUUGUUUUCCCCGUCAGUUAUUUCAUGUUUCAGUUAUUUCAUGUUUACUACAUACUGAGUUUAGAAUAUAGAUAACUCUAAUUUCGCCAUUAAAUGGUAUUUUCAAUAUAUAUGCUAAGACUUAAUUACGCUCAGAAUACUGUACAUAAUAUCUAGGUUCUGGAACUGAUAGUCGACGAUGCUUUUCCAUCAAUAAGCGUUCCGAAUGACUUCCACUCACCAGAGAUUCAAUCGCUACUCGUAGCGUAGAGUUGAAAUUUUUAAUUUGAAUUUCGGUUUUAAUGUCCGUGACAGAACGUUCUUGAGUAGGCUUAUAUACAUGAAAGAGCAGCUUCAAUGCGUCCAAUUGUUUCGUAUCAGUAUUAAAAAUAUGCGACAGUACAGAACCACGCGGUAAUAUCCAUUGCUGUUCAGGUGCUUCUUUGAGUUGGAAAACAAUAUCAAAGUGCUGACGGACGGUCUUCCUGUCUUUAAGAAGACUUUUUACGAACUCAUCUUUGUCAUGUUGAUUUAAGGUUAGUGUUAUACGUUUACGAGGAGGCUUUUUGGCACGUCGCGGAGAUGGAAAAGUGCUAGGUCCUAUCAGCUCGUUAUGAAGAAGGAUGCACUGUUCAGGUGUUCCCAAUCCCUUUGCUAUUUUUUUUAGAAUAUUCAUUAUGGUAGGAUCUUCGUGAGAUCGGUUUCGCAAUCGCUGCAGAGACUCAUCAGUGACUAAAGGUUCAACAGGUUCUCCAGGAGUACUCUCAUAAUCUUCUGGUUUCUUUGGGGAUGAGGGUCUAUAUUGAGGGGUUGGCAAUAGAUUGUAUUCAUACUCUCUUUCCUUUGUAUUGACAUCCUUUGCGUCCGUGUCCAUCAUUGAAGCUUGUCGUUUAAGAUUCGGUCUAUAGUCUAAACCAUUAUACUGAGGAUUCACAUAUGAUAUAUUAGGUGCAUUAAAGGGUUCUUUAUCAGAAUUGGAAUAAUGUACAAAUGUAAAACUGGUAUCUUCAAAUCUCAGAGGACCGACGCAUAAUGUGGCAGAUCCCAAAUACCGCUGAUGAGGAUAAAGAAUUCCACCGGAAAGGUAAUGGUUUUCCUGAGGUGAAAAUCUUUCAAAAAGAUUGCCAUUUAAGAUCGACUCUCGGCUUUUUUUAAGGGCGCUGAAGAGAAUCCUGAUGUUUGAUUAGUUUUGACAAAUGCAGCGUUAUGCAAGAAGCUUACCUAGGAUGAUAACCCUUUUCCAAUGAACUAUUAAAAGCAUCACUAGCUCUUGGAAGUAGUAGAAAAUCUGAGCUAACAAUUGCUUCAAGCUUUAAAGAUUCCGAUUCUUCGCGUUCUCUCACUAGUUCGUCAUUCCCUGAAUAAAUACUUUCAUCCAUACUCAUUUUGUUUCAUUUAAUUUUUUCUUAUUAUAACCGAUUUCCCACUAAAAUAGAUUUAUCUCACCUGGUUCAAUUCAACUACCUUUCAAGUAAUGAAUAGUGAAAAGGAGCGGAGUACUUAAAUAUCCAACAACACUACAGUAGUAAAUACAAG